AUGUUCGACUACGCUUGGCCAGCUGAUGUAGCUAUGACCACGGAUCCUCCCAUAGGAUACAUCGCUAUGAAUGACCACAGCGGACCCCUUGUUGAGGACUCUAGAAGAGCAGAGUAUCAGGUCCUUGUACCUAUUUAUGGCUUCACCCAGCAAGACGACAGAACACUCUACAACGUCAAUGUGAUUUCCAGGGUUCUCAAACAUAAUUUGAUAUCAGUCUGGACAUGGCUAAAUCGAUCUUAUGACUUGCAAUUAGGAUACCUCAAUGUCAUUCCUAGCCCUGGUGCACAUGGACCAUUUACGUCGCCAUCUAUUCCAUCAGAAGACUUGAUGCAACCCUUGGGAUCGACAUCCAACUUCUCUGAAGAGAAGUCUAGUAGCGGGUGUGGUAUGUUGUAUGAUGAUUGUAAAUCAGUAGAUUGUACAACAAUUCAGAUGUCUCUGCAAGCCCAGCCAGAAAUGAAUCCCUACAGCGCUCAUGGUCCUAUCAUAUUUCCAGUGGAAUUGGUUUCAGGGACACGCUUCCAUUGGCACCAUUUAAGAGAACAGUACAAUCACAAACCCAAUAACUUUGCUUCUGAUUGGCACAAAAUCAUCAGGCAUUGCUUGCAGCCAGGGAAACUUAUGGAUUUCUGUAAAAAUCAAGCCAAGUUACAGACACGGACUUCGAGGAUGCUUGCAGCUCUCAAUACACAACUUGUUUCUGAUUCUGCUGAUUACGACAUCAUUGGCGAAAUCAUCGGCCUUCAGAUGGCCAAAGAAAUCUGGCACCACAUAGUCUUACGACCAGUCGCAUCUAAUCCUUCCAUUAGCAUCGCUGAUGUCUACUGGAAUCAAAUUCUGGACCAGCAGGGAGAUGUUUCCCUGGAAGCCAUCACAUUCAUUGCUGUUUCCAGCAAAAGAGUGCUUAUUGGAGUGGGAAUGUGUGCUCAUCGUUGUCAGCACCUGACAACAUCAACAUAUGCAUCUCAUCUAUUGUCUUCGCUAUCACUGGCAGAGCCAUUCAAGUUCAAUCUGGAAUUCACAGUGGCUGAACUUGAGCUUAUAGAGUAUACUCUAAGGCAGGUGGGUAGAAAUCAUGAGGCCUUACCCUUACUUGAGAGAGUUCAGUAUAUGCGCAGCCUGCCGGCAGGAACCCCUCUUGGGCCGCCUUUGAUGGAUGAUAGCUUGUCCUCCGAAGAUGGUGCCUUUCUCUCUGUUGAAAGGUCAUUCAUCAAAUGUCACAAAUUCUCAGCAUCUGUGGAAGAUUUUUUCCGUCAGAGCCUUGCUUCUGAUGAUGGGGAGUCAGUGGAUGAUUAUUUCUUUCAAGGGCUCAGUGCUAAUGAGACCAGCUUAGAUGCAGAGGCAUUUGAAGAAGAAGAUAUUGAUGUCAUUCCAGACAAUGGCAAUGGAGAUGAAGAACUUCACAGUUGUCGUCACCAACGCCGGGUAGCAUCCAGGAAGCUUCGUCAGCUUAACCAACAUCCCUACGCACCCCCCAGAGGCCCCAUUCUACCCGGAGAGCCUAUUAAUAUGAGGCCACCUGGUCCUGAUCCCACCUGUCCUCAUAAUGGGAGGCGCCUCCAUGCAGCUCAAAUUUGGCAGGCGCAGGCUACAUCUAUCCAAUCUGCCAGCUUUAUCACUUCCGAUGCACUCAUUGCAACACUCACCACUCCUCAUGUAGAGUCUACUGCCUCUCAUUUGGAUGUCAGAGCGUGGGUCGAUAACGCUAACCUGCACCAAACCGGUUCGGUGCAUGGAUGA